AUGCUGGGUGCCACGCUCCUGCUGCUGGCCCUGCUCCCCGGGGCCGCCACCUUGCCCAGCGGACCGCCUGGGGCAGCGCGACCUGCUUCGUGUCACCCUUUCUCCCCGCCAGCGCCCCCAUUCCCCGCGGCGCCCGGGCCCUGGCUGCGCCGACCCCUUUUCAGUCUGGAGCUGUCGGACGCGGAGGACGCCUUCCCGCGCCGCGCGGGGCCGCUCGAGGUCCCGGCCGACAGCCGCGUGUUCGUGCAGGCGGCCCUGGCCCAUCCGUCUCCGCGCUGGGGCCUGGUCCUGCACCGCUGCUCGGUGACACCGUCCUCGCGCCCGGCCCCGGGGCCCGCCCUGGAGCUGCUGCGCGGGGGCUGCCCCGCCGACUCCUCGGUCGUCCUCCCACCGCCGCCGCCGCCGCGCCCGGGUGCUGCCGGGCCCGCGCGCUUCAGCUUCCGCCUGCGCCCGGUCUUCAACGCCUCGGUGCAGUUCCUGCACUGCCAGCUGAGCCGCUGCCGCCGCCUCCGGGGAGCCCGCCGGACACCUACGCCUCUGACGCUGCCACCGCCAUCGCUGUGUCUGCCUCAGGAUGAGGCGUGCGCGGGCGCCGGCAGCGACGAGAGCCUGGGUGCCGACAGCGCCCACCUGCACACGCUGACGCAGCCCAUCGUGGUCACAGUGCCGCGGCCACCCCCCAGGCCAUCCAAGGGCGUCCCCGGCAGAGCCGUGCGCCCCGAGCCUCCCGACCCGGCCCCGGCGGCCCUGGAGCCUGCGCCCGUGGUGGCGCUGGUGUUGGCUGCCUUCGUGCUGGGCGCCGCGCUGGCCGCCGGGCUCGGCCUCGUCUGUGCGCAUUCAGGUACCAAGCUCCGCCCGCUGGGACUUCCGCCCGGCCCCCAGCCUAUCCCCGCGGGUCGGGACCCCGGGUCGCCGCGACCCAGCCAGUGGAGCCCCGACCAUCCCCAGACCUGCCUGCGCUACGCCCGCGGCAGCCCCCAGGGGGCGCCCUUGCCCCGGCCCAGUGCGCAGCAACCCCUAGUGCUCCGCAGCCUGCCUCUCCUUUCCAGCGCCCCCAACCCCCGGUCCGGCCCCGAGGGACUCGCCCAGCGGCCCCCAGCCCAGGAGGCCCCAGUGAGGCAGCCCCUCCGCAGGGAUGGCGCACCCCCAGCAAGGUCCCGAGACACACCAGCCACGGCCUCGAACCAGGCCCGCCAGGACUGCACCGGCCGCGGCCGACCUCGGACCCGACGGGACCACUGUCUCUGCUCCGAACCCUCCCGCCCCCGCUGCGCUCCUCCACGCACCCUCCCACCUGGGCUCAAAAUAAACAUCUGAUCUG